AUGAGAAGGACCCGAGUUUUUCCACUACCGAUUAGCGAUGAUGAAAGCGAAAAUGAUUAUGAAGAAGAAAUUAUACCUCAAUGGACUGAAGUCGACAUUCCACCUACUAUAGAACCGUUUUUGGAUCGAACGGGGUUAAAUAUUUUACCACAGAACGGCGUUGAAGGAUCUCUGGAUGUGUUUCUUGAUGAUAAUUUCUACGAAAUGAUGGUAACAGAAACUAACCGAUAUCACCAUCAAAACGUCGAAAAAUACCUUAAAAAGAAGAAAGCGAUAAAAUGGACGGAUCUCACUAUUAGCGAAUUCAAGAAAUUUUUAGGAUUACUAAUUCUAAUGGGCCAAAUUCCAAAAAAUACUAUCGAUGAAUAUUGGACAACAGAUCCAUUAUUAGAAACACCAAUAUUUCCAAAGACAAUGAGUCGUGAUAGAUAUGGAGAUGGUGGCACUUUGUGA